AUGGACAACCUGUCUCGUCUACCAGUGGAAUGUCUCCAGCUAAUCCUCGACUUUAUUUUACCCUCCUACGACUACGACUACGACUGCGACCAAGGCCAUAAAACCAACUCCAUUCGCGCCCUCCUCUCCCUCUGCCUCGUCAACCGACACAUGGCCCUUGUCGCUAUCCCACACUUGUACCGAGACCCAUUCCAAUUGCUUUACAUGACCCCUCAAUCCGGAGAAGGCAGACCAAGAUCGCUCCGGGAACGGAAUCUCCUCCGCACCCUCCUCACCAACAGUCGCAGCAAUCCUUCUCUUGCCUUCAUCCACCCAGCCGUCGCUUCAGAACUGGACAUCGACAUCACCAACCCCACGUCUAAAAGGAAAAUUCGUAGGCUGCAGCGCAGCAACCCCAUAAUGCAGCAGCACAGUAACAACAACAACUCCAUUCGAUUCGACUACCUCGCCUACGUUCGCAACUUGACGCCACCCCGAAACAACUACCGGACAUGGGACCGCCAGGAUCGCCUCCUCCUCUUCAACUACUUCCAACAACCCAACUUUUCUAAAGAGACGAUGAAGUACAUCCAUUCACCUGACUACUUAGCCUCCUGUCCUCCUUUCCGCGCCACUCCAGACUGCGGUCGUCACAGCGAUCCCGAUAUGAUGCUCCUGUAUUUGUAUCCAAUUGUCGUCUACCGAGAACUGAUUUGGUCUCUCUCUGUACCCAUCCUCGACCAGCUCGAGUCCUUGACCCUCCCACUGUCGGACGUCCAGCGGUACCACAAUGUUCUCCAUCGGCUGAGAAACUUGAAAUGGAUCCAUAUUGUCAAGGAUUUGCAGGUUGGCUGUCAAUUCUGCGGGUAUGGGGACGUAAGCUUCAAUCAAAGUUCUACAACGAAGGAGGCGAACGAUGCCCUUGCGCGGUUUCUCAAGGAUUACGUACUGCUCUUCCCAGGUCAUCAUCUAGAGGGGGUGACCUGCUCCUUACCGGGUUAUCACGGCGACGACCAGCACAGCGGGAUAUUUAAACCGCCCAGUCUCAGCCACGUCGACAUGGAUAUUCUUCGCGCCUUGCCUCCCCCCAGCAGGAUAAGGGUCAUUUCGCCAGACAAGUGGCCAUGGAUCGCUCUCCAUCUUCACAGGACGGAUAUGACUCUUGUGAGGUCGAUUGAUUGGCUUCCUUGGCUUCCUGAUGACCCCUGGCAGCCCGCAAGAUGCCAAACUUGUACACCUCAAAGACUCCUGCGAUGGUGCCGGGCGUUGGAGAGCCUUGUUAUGGCGAACCUUUAUAAGGGUUGCUUUGAUUGGGCUGUUGAAGAGAAGAAGGGCCUGCAGCGACUUGAGCAAGGCGCCAUUGGUAGUCGAGUGCACUGUGGCAACGACAACCAUGACAGCGAUCCCGGCGGCGAACAUGACGACGAGGCGUUCCAUCCUGACUAUUUCACCCACGGUCUGGUGCCACUCGCGAAGGUCCACCUCGAGAAAUGCAGCAUGCCAUCGCCGGAUCUCGAUGCUCUCAUUUACGCUUUCAGUCAGUCGUUGGAGUCACUCCUGAUCUCGUCUCUCCAAGCACCACCCACUCUCCGGACGAUUCAUUUCGGUCACAACUGGGUCGACUUACCCUUCCUGGGCCAUCUUGAGGUUCAUACCGCCCAUCACCGUCUGGUACUGGACCAACACUUUUUUUCCCGAUUCCCUUCGCUCCAUACCCUUAUUCUCCUCGACAAUGAUACCUUAACGUACUCUUGCGAAGACAUUGUCCCAUGUUAUGCAGCGGACCUUUAUCGACUCGGGACUUUGCGUCUGACAGGCUGGAGCGCUUUGACAUUUCAUCCCGCUACGCUUGAGUCGACCAAGGCGCUCAAGAUGUUGUGUUUGGCCAAUAAUCGAUACUCGGAGUGUUGCUUUAUUCCACCCGUCGACGAGCUGUAUAGAUCCUACGGUCUCGAGUGUACUGAAGACAAUGGCGAUGGUGACGCCUAUGGAACUCGGUCUGCCCGUCUUGCUCCUUCGAUCAUUCGACCUCACUGGACUUGGGACUGGUACCUGCCUUGCCUGACAUAUUUGUCGUUGGGGUCCGAGUUUGCCUACCGGUUCGAGUUCAAGAUGCUCCGUGGAUGUCCCGCACUAGAAAUGCUGUACUUGCACAUCCCCACCAGCGACAACACGUCACACUAUCGCAUCAUCUCCGAGGACGACCUUUUUUUCAUCCCUGGCGGAGCAAGCGGUGCGGACGGAUCUUGUGCAGAGGAAAGAGGACGGAUUGUGGUACCCAAGCUUCGCAGUCUGCACAUGGAAGGUCGUUGGUCAUGCACGGAUUCCAGUGUGCUGCACCAAUUCCUGGUCGAGAUGUUCCCGAACCUCGACCGUCUGACUGUCCGAGGAUGUUGGGCUACUUCUGGCGAUGAUGACGGUCCCGACAAUGGCAACAAAUUCACAGUGGCAACGUUUGUGAAGCUCCUCCGGACGAGUCUGAGUCAUGUGAGACUAUUGACGACGGAUACGAGGCGGUUGGCGGUUUGGCCGAGUCGGGAGGCGUUGCCGAAGGAAGAGCUGGAGAGGCUGAGAAUCUUCCCUUUGUCGUACUUGACGAAGAAAAAGAGGCAUGGGAAGCCAGAGUACACGAAAGGACCCAAGCUAUUGGCGAAUAGGCUUAUUUGUUCGGGCCAGGAGUAUGUUCUGAGGAAGGAAAAGGCUGUUCGGAAGAAGAGAGGCAAGAACAAGCAGAAAUAA